AUGGCGUCAGGAGGAUCCGUCCCUAGGAGUAUAAAGCCAUGUGUCUCGGCACCUGCUUGCAGCACACAUAAAUGCAGGCACAAACCAGAUCCUUGCCCAAACCCUGAAAAAUGUUUCCAAAAAUCUAAAAAAAAAACGGUUAGAUGUCCUAGUGCCAUGGCAGUUGUCACUCCCCGCGGUUUGGAUUGUAGUUGCACUCCUGAAUUUAAUAACAAAUUAUUCUACACGAAGGAGGCGUUUGCAACAAUUGAAAAUAGACGAAGUACAGAGAGAAAUAUACCUUGCGAUCCUGCCUAG